GAGAAAGAGGUGGGGGUGGACAUGGCGGAGGAGGUCGAGAGCGAAGGGGCGUCGGAGCUGGAGUGCGGCAUCUGCUGCAUGCCUUACGACCGCUGCGGGCGCGCGCCCCGGCGGCUGGGCGGCGCGCGCGGCUCCUGGAAGCCCUCGCGCUGCCGGCACGUCAUCUGCAGCGCCUGCGUCUGCCAGCUGGCGCGCGAGGGCUGGUGGGAGGAGGUCACGUGCCCCUACUGCCGGGCCGUCACCUCCCUCCGCGAGCGGGGGAACCCGCUGGCGGCCGGCGUGAGGCGAAGCAGCGGCGGCUGGAGGCGCCGCCUGGUCCUGCCGCCUAUCGACGCCGAGCUCUGGCAGCGGGUCGUGCUCCGGGAGAGAGAACGGGAGCAGGCCGGCCGCGUGGAGCGCUUAGCCGGCGACGACGACGACGACGAAGAAGACCUCGAAGAAGAAGAAGAAGGGGAGGAGCAAGAGAGCGGCGAGGACGUGCAAUGGCGCCCCUGGCGGACGCUGAAGAAACUCCUCAAGGGAGGCGGGCAAGCGCAUGCGCGGAACGGGAGAGGGCGGAGCCGCGGCGGCUCCGGCUCCAGGUGGCGGAGGCGGCAACCAAUCAACCCCUACGGUCCUGAGACGAAGGACUUGGCCCUCGUGACUUGCUACGUCAUCUGAAAAGGCAACGGUCACUAUGCACGGGGGAACUACUUUGUGGUCAGUUGCAUCGAGGGGACCGGCUACCUGGGGAAGGUAGCAGUGCCCUCUCCAUUUCACAUAGAUACGGCAGUCUGUUGUCUUUUUGCGUUCCCAAUGGGGGCAGUGUUGACAAGAAGCAUGGACCGAAAUAAUUUUGCCCCUUCUCACUGUGAAAUGCAGAAGUUACAGCAAAGGGAAAGAAUUCUAUCACCAGCCACGUUUUGUGAGAAGGCAUUUCCUUCAAGGAAACCGUCUUAAAAGAGCUGAUUUUUUUUAAAUUUAUUCUUCAAAGAUACUAAAUGUGUUCUUGGACACGAUUCUCUGGAAGCGCUUCUCCCUCGGAUACCCUGGCAAAAUGAUAACAAUCCACGUGACUAAAAAAAUAAUAAUAAUUUUUAUACGACUUGACACGGGUCAUUGAUUCCUUGGAGAAGUAGAAGAAAGGAGUACUUGGGCGAUCGGUUACCAUCCUUGUUUACGGUGUUUUUUGUUCUUUUUCUUCCAAUCUGAGAGGCUUGAAAUAUUUUGCACGGCAUCUUUCCAACCUGCAGAGAAUACGAAGUACGUUUAAAACAUAUUAAUUGUUGCCUCUGGAACGAUGGUGCAACGGGCCUUUUGCCCCUGAAGUAGAAUGGAUGUUUUUGUUAGUAAUUUUAUUUAUUUCUCUGGUUGGAUUGGAACCUUCUUCGCAUCCAUAGACCUGAAAUGAAUGGAGAAAAAAAAAAAAAUGAGAAGCCAUCAAAUCUGACUUUUAGGAGCAUCUCUGGUCCGUAGAAGGAGGAAACUUGACCUUUUUGAGCUUGUUUGGUUUCUUAGAUGAGGAAUUGAAAUGAAAUAGGCCUGAAGUAAGAACAGCUCCCGCGAAAAUAACUUCAUUUUUGAAGACAAAUGUACCCUUGUGAUUGUUUUCGACAAGGUCACUCCGGGUUGUGUCUUUUGUCAGGAUAAUCUUUUUCUUUGGUUGCACGGCUGGAAAACGGUCCUUUUAUUGCCCCCCCUACGUGAAGAGUUUGCCUCUGGAGACAGAGAGAUCGUGUGAGAUCUUGUGACCUUGUCGAGUUUCAAAUGCUGUAUCUAUAUAUCUUUUUUUUUUUAAAAAGGAAUCCAUUUCUGUGAAAUGUGUUUGAAGGCCUUCCUAACUUCAUAUUUAUAUUCUUGCUUUCGUCGUUUGGCAGCUGUUAAGUUAUUUGAUGUUAAAAUAAAAGACGUAGGAUUUUAAA